GUUCCUACCAUCGGUAGUGGUACCUUCUAUGAUAACAUUAACACUAAUCACUUUCCAAAUGGUCGCUAAUCGUUAUUCGUUAUUCGUAAAUUAUAUUUUUUAUAAUUUAUAAAUUGAGAUUAUUUUACAACUCUUUAAAUAAAAUAUACCAUAUAGAUUUGCUGAUAUGAAUAUUCAUGAACACCUUAUUAAAAAAUGCAAAUCUUUGAUACCCCCUCUAUCUCAAAAUCUCCAUAAAGGGCAAAAUGGACGAAUAGGAAUAAUUGGUGGAUGUGAAGAGUAUACUGGUGCUCCUUACUAUGCAGCUAUUAGUGCAUUACGAACCGGAGCAGACCUUGUGUAUGUAUUUUGUUAUAAAUCUGCAGCACCUGUCAUUAAAUCGUUUUCACCAGAGCUUAUUGUCUUACCAUAUCUAGACAGCCCAAAUGCUGUUGAAAAGAUUAAACCAUGGCUAAAAAAACUACAUUCACUUGUUGUAGGCCCAGGGCUUGGCAAUGACCCUAUUGCUCAUGAGUCAGUAAGACAAAUUUUUCAACAUGUAAGUGGUGAUGCAGAUAUGAAUGACAUACAUUUACCUAUUAUAGUUGAUGCAGAAUCUUUAAACCUAGUUGAACCGGAAAGUUUUAAAAACUAUAAUGGUCAUAUAUACCUUACACCCAAUGUAGUAGAGUUUAGUAAAUUAUCAAAAAGAUUAAUUGGACAUGAAUUAUAUAAACCAACCCAAGAUAAUGUAAAAGCUAUAAUAAACAAACUAAAUGGGAAAUAUGUAAUAGUGUUAAAAGGUGAAAAAGACAUAAUAGCUGAUGACAAAGGAGCCGUAGUUAAUGGUCAACAAGGUUCAGCAAGACGAUGUGGUGGUCAAGGGGACAUUUUGGCUGGAAGCAUGGGUACUUUUGCGUACUGGGCUACAAAAGUAGAAAAUUAUGAUUAUGUCAACAAUUUAAGUCCAGAAGUACUUGCUUCCUAUGCAGCGAGUUCACUCACUAAGCAUUCUAAUAAAGUUACGUUUGAAUUAAAACAAAGACAUAUGAUAACAACAGAUAUUAUUAAACAUAUACCUACAGCUUUUCAAGAUUUGUUUAAAUAAAGUGAUAAUAGAAUAAAAUUAACUUAAAGAUAUUAAUGGUUUUUAGGAAUAAAUCUAUCUAAAUUUUAACUAGUUCAACAUUUUAUUGGAAAAUUUGUAACAAAAAUAUCUAAUUAUGUACUUGAUUUAAAUUUUAAAAAUACCUAUUCAACUUUUCC